GUUAGAAAUCUCUGUUACAUGGUGACGAGACGAGAGAAAAUGAAACACACCAUUUGCAAACUCCAGGAGCAGAUCUUCCAUCUCCAGAUGAAGCUUAUUGAGAAAGAUCUUUACCCAGAACAAACUGGGAAGAAGACAAAGGGUAAGAAAAGUGACCCGAGAAGGAAAGGAAGAGAUGGUAGAAAAAAUAGUCCCGAGAAGAAAGAGAAAAGGAAAUCAGUCAACGAAACUGUAUUGGGACAACUGGGCUUGUCAACUUCCUUCCCCAUCGAUGGGACCUUCUUCAACAGCUGGUUGGCGCAAUCAGUCCAGAUCACUGCCGAGAACAUGGCGAUGAGCGAGUGGUCCCUCAACAACGCCCACCACGAGGACAGCACCCCCGGCCUCUCUGAGGAGCUCCUCCAGGAUGAGGAAACCUUGCUGAGCUUCAUGAUGGACCAUUCCCUGAGGUCCCCAUUUAAGCAGAGCGAGGCCACAAAGAAAGUGAAAAGCAAAACGAGAACGAACACUAAGAAAAAGCUGCCGCGGAGCAGCCCCCCUGCCCUGGGUGGGAGCCACCCGGAGAGCUCGGAGCCCUGGACUAACAACGCCAGCGACUUGUCGGAUGAUGCCACCAAACCCUCCGCUCCCGAUUCCAGACCGAGCAAGUCGGAGAAAGGAGCAACAAAGCUUCUUGCCGACCGCAAAGGGAUGGGUGAGGCCAAAAAGGCGGCCAAGAAGGGCUCUGUCCCAAAAGCCA